ACUGAGGCUGGGCUUCCUAGCUAGGCUGUAUUAUAGCAAAGAAGAUCAACAUCUCUCCAGAAUCUGGAAGACUCCAGAAUCAUCAUAUCUUCUAAAUAUUCCCACUGUUUGCAAAGGAACAGAUAGGAAAAUUCUUGAAGGUGGGCUGAGCACCCAGAAGACAUGCAUAUAUAAGGGCUGAGUUCACUUUCUGGCAUGAACAAAACAGCUUCUAAAAACAUCUUCCGACCACAGCUAUAGAACAGAAAAGAAGGUUGUUCUUUCAAGUGAAGUGUAGCAUCGACAGAGAAAGACAUCUGGAUGCACCAUGGUGGUGCAGAGUAACCUGGACAUCGGAGAGAGUAGGAAAGGGGUCUUGCUUGAGCCAUUUGUCCACCAAGUUGGAGGCCACAUGAGCAUGAUGAAGUAUGAUGAGUACACUGUCUGCAAGCCUCUUGUUUCCCAGGAGCAAUGGUUCUACGAGACUCUCCCUACAACAAUGAAACAGUUCACACCUCAGUACAAAGGCAUCAUUUCUGUACACCUCAAGAAGGACAGCAUGGGCAAUUUGAGCCUCAUAGCCAGCCCACGAACAGACAACCACAGUGUACUGGACAAUGCUUCUAAAGAGUCUUCAAUAACAAUAUGGCAGAAGCUCAACCAGGUGAACAGCAGCAGCAGUGGCCAUACGUUUGUCAAAUGGAAUCACAGUCCCCUCACAAACACCAUCAAAGAUAGCUGCCAAGGGAAAGCACUAUUACAAACAGACCUUCAGUACCACAGAGAUAUGUCUUCACUUAUGGAGGAUGCCAGUGGGAAUAAGGCAGAAAAGAACAGCUAUAACCCCUGGGGACUACACUGCCACAAGCAGCAGCUCACCCGCCUGUCUUCCAAGUGUAAUGAAAACAAACUUCAUCAAUUUCUGUUGCUUGAAAAUGUGGUAUCCAAGUAUAAAUAUCCAUGUAUUCUGGACCUGAAGAUGGGAACCAGGCAGCAUGGCGAUGAUGCAUCAGAAGAGAAGAAAGCACGGCAAAUAAAGAAGUGUGAACAGAGUACAUCAGCAUCCCUUGGAGUCCGUAUUUGUGGCAUGCAGGUUUACCAAGCAGAUACUGUCCAAUAUCUCUGCAACGACAAGUAUUAUGGGCGGAAACUCUCACCAGAUGGCUUCAAGCAGGCCAUCUGUCAGUUUCUGCACAAUGGUAUACGUCUCAGAACAGACCUUGCGGAACCCAUUGUGUGUCAGCUGAAGGCUCUACUAUCCAUCAUCAAAAAACAGAGCUCUUACCGGUUCUACUCCAGCUCUCUUCUUAUAAUUUAUGAAGGACUGGAGAAAAUGAUCGAUAACCUCACUCAGGGGCGCUGUCAGAACACCAGCAGCACUGUUCCACGUGGGAACACCCACCCCAAAGUUGAUGUCCGCAUGAUAGACUUUGCUCAUACAACAUACAAAGGCUCAAGGUAUAAUCAGAUUGUCUAUGAUGGGCCAGAUCAUGGCUAUAUUUUUGGUCUAGAAAACCUAAUAAAAAUCAUUCAAAACAUCUCAGUGGGUGAAUGAUAAUAGCUGAAGUGACUCUAUGGUACUAAAAGGUACAGCCUGCAUGUCAGGCCAACGGUAGGAAGACCAGCUGGCAAACUGUAUCACAAGCACUGUUUUCAGGUGGAAAACCACAGGAUGGACAGCUUGUCAGGAAAAGCUCUGGUCAUGCUACAUGCCACUCCAGAUUGGAUGGAACCCACUGUAAUUGUGAUCUGCCAGAACAUUAUUUUCCUUUCUCAUUUUCAUAUGGUUCUUCAUUCGUGAGCUAGAAGUAAAUGUUAUGUGAAAGGAAUUUUAAUAAUGAAGGACUUGUUCAUCAAGCAGAUGUGCAAGGCCAAAAGGGGCCAACCAGACAUUGUGCUCAUGAAGAGGACUUCAAGACAGGUUGGCAGGUCCUUAAAAAUUCACUUCCUUUGACGAGCCAAGAACUUUUGUUUACACAAUCAGAUGUCCCACAGCCUUCCACUUGCUCCAGCAACUGACACCUUAAAAACUACAAGCAUAUUAAUUCCUUUUUCCUUUAUAUUCUGUGCCAUUGUGUAAGCUCCAAAGAAUAUGUGUGAGCCAAAAGGAGUGAAUGGAUGUAAUAAAAAGGAAAAAAUGAGCCAGUGCCAGAGUAUGGCAGGUCUUUGCUAGAAGAGCUAGAGAGGUGGGGUUUAUACUGUGGCAUAUUAUUUAUGAACAUGUAUGGCAUUUUAUGUAUGAAUGAGAAAUCAGCCAGGCUUUGAUCGAGAAGACAUAUGUGUUCAGACAUAUUGGUCAAGGGGCCCAGAUGUCAUCAAGAAGUUUUGUAUUCAGCUUCUCUGAAUGUGUAUUUGUGUGAGUAGACUAAAUUACAAAAAUGCAACAAAAUGUUUACAGAAAGUAUGAACAUUUGUAAAUACGGAACAGCCAAAUGACAAAUUCCUUCCUAUAUCCCAUGGAAAAUCUGUUAGAACGUUUUAAAAUACAGAGAUAUAAAGUCCAAUAGCAGAAAGAGAAUGUCAAGCUGUAAAUAAAUUGUACAGUUCCUAUAACAUA